UAAAAUUAUCAGUCCGUCAGUGUUUGGCGCUCACCACGCUGGAGCGUAGGAGAACAUUUUUAUAAUAAUAUUAGGUACCUAUUUAUUUCUUACUCCACGGCAGUCGUGCGGCCUCUGUGCGUUUCGCUUAAACCAUACAAGUCAUGAUCGUUUCCUACAACACCGUUAUCGUUUUGAUAUUGUUGACAGUCUACAAUAGUAAUUGCCAAGAAAAUUCCGUCCAAACGGAUGACGAUGGCAUCGCCAACCCACCGAUCGUCCACAAGAACACUGUCAAAAUCGUGGCAGUGUUCCACGAAGACGAUGAUACGAUUAACCGGUUAGCAUACGAUGUUAGUGCAAGGACGAUCAACAUAAUGGAUACUGUGCUACCUAAGACUAACAUUGUGCCCAGGUCCCAAUACGUCAUGUACGACGUGCACAACGUGACAAAAACCGUUUGCGACUCGAUGAGUCCCGGAAUCGCCUCGUUUGUCGGGGGAACCUACGAAGAAUAUGUAGAAAACAUCAUCAGAUCAAUCAGUACACAUGCUCAGAUACCGUUUAUCGAGACCCAUUGGAAGACAUCACCGCGGCCGGCUGAUCCAUACACGGUCAAUGUCUACCCGGAUCCAUCGCUUUUGGCGAAGGCCAUACGGGAUAUAAUACUCGACAUGGAUUGGACUUCUUUUACGGUAAUCUACGAUCGGCCGACCAGUAUGAUUCGACUGAAAGCGCUGUUGGAAUCGUUUGAUUACGGAAACUUUUCGCCAACGAGAGCAGUGAAAUUUAAACAGAUAUUGCCUACAGAAGACUUUCGGCCGCUGUUUAAAGAGCUCAAACAGUCGAAUGAGAAGCACAUAAUUUUAGACUAUGACACCGACAAUAUAAUUGACGUGUUGGCGCAAGCCAAAGAAGUGGAGUUCAUGGGCGACUACCAGAGCUACGUCAUCACAAAUUUGGAUGCGCACACGUUAAAUUUCGAAGAUUUUCGCAGCGUCAAAUCAAACAUAACGUUGAUUCGACUGGUCGAUCCGGAAAACCCGCACGUGGUGAACGCAGUAAACGAAAUAGUUUUCAACGAGCAAAAAAAAGGUCGGUUGUCGAGGUUGACGCCGAACACCAUGAAAACCGAAACAGCUUUGAUGUAUGAUGCAGUGAAUUUGUUUGCCACGUCUUUGCACGGCCUAGUGGCUACACAAUCGAUGAAAUCCCAGCAGAUAUCAUGUAGACGUAUCCAGCCUUGGAUGCACGGAUUCAGUCUAAUCAACUACAUGCGAGUAGUGGAGCUGGACGGACUGACCGGUAAGAUGAGGUUCGACAACGUGACCGGCAACAGAAACUUCUUCAAGUUAGACGUGGUCAAAGUGCACGACAACACUAUGCAGCGGUUGGGUUCGUGGGAUCCCGAACGCGGUAUGUCUUACACUCGAACGGCUUCGGAGAUUUACUCGGACAUCGUGCAAUCCAUCACCAACAAGACUUUCGUGGUGGUCGGCAGAAUUGGAGAACCGUACCUGAUGAAAUGCAACGGAACGACGGAGAACGAAUUAGACGUGAGCGACCGGUGUUUCGAAGGAUUCACCUACGAUUUGAUCUCGGAGAUGGCUAGUUACAAUAGGUUCAAGUUUAAGUUCAUUACUAACGGCGAAUACGGGUCCCUGCAAAAGAACGGCAAGUGGAACGGAAUGAUGGGCGACCUACAGUCUAUGAAAGCCGAUCUGGCCAUAUGUGACUUGACGAUUAACUUCGACCGUAGCCGGGUCGUGGACUUCACCACGCCGUUUAUGACCUUGGGCAUAAGUAUACUAUAUGCCAAACCGGAGAAAAAAAAACCGCAGCUGUUCUGGUUUCUCAACCCGCUGUCGUUCAGUGUCUGGAUGUACACAGCCACUGCGUACUUAGGCGUUUCUCUGUUUCUGUUCAUGUUGGCCAGAGUAACGCCAUUCGAAUGGGAAAGCCCACACCCGAGCAAACCGAACGAUGACACGAUGGAGAACUCGAUGACGCUGCUCAACUGUCUGUUUUUUUCAAUGGGCUCGGUGUUGUGUGCAGGAUCCGAGAUCUUACCCAAAAUCACGCCCAACGAAUGGCACGAUCCGCAACCGUGGAAAAACGGUAACAACGAGCUUGAGACUAAGCUUAAUGUGGCUAACCUGAUAUGGUUCAGUUGCGGCACCAUGUUGCAACAAGGUUCUGAUAUAUCACCUCAGGCGGUGUCCACCAGGCUGGUGGCGGGCAUGUGGUGGCUUUUUGCCCUGAUCAUGACCUCGUCGUACACCGCGAACCUGGCGGCUUCCAUAACCAGCGGCCGCCUGGACACGCCCAUCAAGAACGUCGAGGAUCUGUCCAAAGAGUCGGACAUCCAGUACGGUUGUUACCGAGAAGGGUCGACGGCCGGCUUUUUCCAGAAGUCCAACUUGAGCCUUUACCAGAGAAUGUGGAGCGUAAUGGAAUCGUCCAACCCGACGGUGUUCACGAAAAGCAACGACGAGGGCGUGGACCGCGUGUUGAAAGGCAACGGCCGGUACGCGUUCCUGAUGGAAUCGGCCACCAUCGAGUACCAGACGGAGCGCCACUGCAACCUCAUGCAAAUCGGCAACACGUUGGACUCGAAAGGGUACGGCAUCGCCAUGCCCAUGAAUUCUCCGUACCGGACCAUAAUCAGCGAAUCAGUGCUGAGAAUGCAGGAGUCCGGAUUUCUCAGAGAGCUGAAAGACAAAUGGUGGAAGGUCCAAGGACAUAACAAAUGCGAGGAAGAGGUGGAGAGCGACGAAUUGGGAUUGCCAAAGAUCGGUGGCGUGUUUGUCGUGCUUAUACUCGGUUGCCUUAUAGCAUUCUUGAUUUCUAUACUAGAGUUCUUAUGGAACAUACGAAAAGUGGCUAUCGAAGAAGGGAUAACGCCUAGAGAAGCACUAAUCCUGGAGUGGAAAUUUGCCAUGGAGUGCAAUGGAGUGGUAAAACCGUUAAGACGACGUCAUAAUUCAUCGGAAUAUGAAAUAACCAAUUCCAACACAACCAUACAUCAAUAAUUUACUAAAAAAAAACUAUUGCACUUAAGUUUGCUCGUUACAUCAAACAUAGUCAAAAUAGUAGUAACCAUAAAUUUAAUUGGUACUUGCAUUUAAACAGUAGCUUCUAGUGAUACGGUUAAAAUCCGAGUAAGUAUUGGGAUAUUUAAAUCUGGAUUUAUCGAGCAAACGUAGUUUCUGAAAUUUAACUUGUUUCCCAUCGUAUAAUUUAGUGUUUUGUAAUAUUUUACAAAUAAGUUUUCAAAACAAUUAAGUAUUAUUUAAAAUAAAUGUAAAUAAAAUAUAAAAGUAUACAAUUUAAUAUUCAUAGAAUACUUAUCAUAAUGAUGACACCAAUUUAUGGUUUCAAAAUUGUUUGGUAAUUCGUAAGUACAUUUACUAAUAUAAGUUAAAUAGUCAUAGUAUUAGUAGAACAUGUCUAAAAAAAAUUAAAACCAAUCCGGAGAUUAGAGGAAACAUUACAAAAAUAUAUAUUAUGUCAUAUUAAUUAUAAUACAUAAAAAUUAUUUACUAAAAAACACUUAUAUAAUAUAUAAAUAUUUACAUAAAAUAUGUAACUCACAAAUAAUAU